CAAGAAGGCAAGAGCAGCAGUGAGCGCUCCAGUCGCCCACGUCCCGAGGACGACGAAGAAGCUCGAGCUCGGCCUCGAUGUAUUUAUUUAUUUUCUUUGUUUUCUUUUGUCCAUUUUGCUUUGCAAUUUUUGCGCAGCAGAUUCACAGCCUGCAUGCAUCAGCGGGAAUAGCAUAUGGUUCGGGGUGCUUGUGACCUUUUUUAUGAAAGCAUUUUAGCCUAUUUCGGUUCUAUUCUCAUGUAUCUUACGUUUGAUGUAUGCUGCAUGCAAUUGAUGAUUGUGAUGAUUCCAUAUGACUGUCUUUUCUAUACGUGGACUUAUAUAUUACUUCUAAUGUUUUCUUCUCUUCCCUCUUUGAAAAGUGCUAUUUCUGCGAUGAAGCGUAUGGUAAUUAGCGGGGGGGUUUUCUUUUUCUACUCUUGUUCCUCUCAACUUCUGGGAUUCUAAGCGCGCUGUGGAAUAUCUCUGAAUCAAAUUCAUCUAGGCUGCAUUAGCACAUUCUA